GACCCUCCUCCUCCUCCUCCUCGUCGUCGUCGUCGUCGUCGCUGCCAUUGGGUGGAAGAUGGCGCCGGGCGGAUGGAAAUCCUCAUGACAGUCUCCAAAUUGGCCUCCGUCUGUACCAUGGGCACCAAUGCCUCGGCUUUAGAGAAAGAGAUCGGUCCCGAACAGUUUCCGGUCAACGAGCACUAUUUUGGAUUAGUAAAUUUCGGGAAUACCUGCUACUGCAACUCGGUCCUCCAGGCACUUUACUUCUGCCGUCCGUUUCGGGAAAAAGUCCUAGCCUACAAGAGUCAACCUAGGAAGAAGGAGAACCUCCUCACGUGCUUAGCCGACCUCUUCCACAGCAUAGCGACGCAGAAGAAGAAGGUGGGAGUGAUCCCGCCCAAGAAGUUUAUAACCAGGUUACGAAAGGAAAAUGAGCUUUUUGACAACUACAUGCAACAGGAUGCCCACGAGUUCUUAAAUUACCUCCUGAACACGGUUGCUGAUAUUCUGCAAGAAGAGAGGAAGCAGGAAAAGCAAAAUGGCCGCCUGCCCAACGGCAAUCUCGACAGCGAGAAUAACAACAGCCCACCCGACCCGACUUGGGUCCACGAGAUCUUUCAGGGGACGUUAACCAACGAGACCAGAUGUCUUACCUGCGAAACGAUAAGCAGCAAAGAUGAAGAUUUUUUAGACCUUUCUGUCGACGUGGAGCAGAACACAUCCAUCACUCACUGUUUAAGGGGUUUUAGCAACACGGAGACUUUGUGCAGUGAAUACAAAUACUAUUGUGAAGAAUGUCGCAGCAAACAGGAAGCACACAAAAGGAUGAAAGUCAAGAAGCUGCCCAUGAUCCUGGCGCUCCACCUGAAGAGGUUCAAGUACAUGGACCAGCUUCACCGCUACACCAAGCUGUCCUACCGCGUCGUCUUCCCGCUGGAGCUGCGCCUCUUCAACACGUCCGGGGGCGCCACCAACCCCGACCGCAUGUACGAUCUCGUCGCCGUCGUGGUCCACUGCGGGAGCGGGCCCAACCGGGGACAUUACAUCGCCAUCGUUAAGAGUCACGACUUCUGGUUGCUGUUCGACGACGACAUCGUAGAAAAAAUAGACGCGCAAGCUAUCGAAGAAUUCUACGGGUUGACGUCGGACAUCUCAAAGAACUCUGAGUCGGGCUACAUCCUCUUCUACCAGUCUCGGGACUGAGCCGGCCGGACCUCGCCUCGCCGCGUCCCCGGGCGGCCCGGAAUGGGUCUCCCCCGGAUUACCGGGGAGCCGAGGCCCCCGGCGGGAGCGGCGCGGUCCGCGUCCACCGGGCUCGGAGCCGCGGCCGAACGACCGGCCCGUCGGUCGGAGACCCCGGUGGCCCCGUGUCGGGGCCGGGAGCCCCUCGGCUUCCGGGCGCCGGCACCCGCCGUCUCCCGGUCCUCUGCCCCGGGCGGGAACUCGCUCACCUCGGCUGGGGAGCGGUGACGGCAGGCAGGGCGGUGGA